AUGGACCGUCCUCAAGUGUCCAUCCCUCCAGCUGCGAAUGUACUCGGGGUAGAAUAUGGCACAACUGGCGCCGAAAGAGCACAGAGGGUCUGCCAGGAUCCAUGCUCAUCCUCUGGUCGAUAUAACUUUAAUUUUGCGCUCAAAUUCCAACCCCAAGCAUUUGCCAGUCUCACCCUCAUUUCUUGGGGUCAGACACUCUACUAUCACAACAAAUGGCGAGUAUGGACAGCCACCAUUGCCACCAUUGCCCUAGCCGCCAGCUUUGGGCUUAUGGAGCUGAUUCUUAUCCUCACUCUGCGUGGCCCAUAUAGCCGAGGCGUCGAAUGGCCCAUGAUGCUCAUGGCCAUCUUAGCAACCAUCAUCCAAGUCGCCGGCCUGAUCCCCCCUUUCUUCGAACUUGCAAAGCGCAAUGGAAGAGUCAUUGGAAUUGACUUUUGGUUUCUCACCAUUGAUUACGCUGGUGCCUUCUUCUCGCUCAUGGCUCUUGUUGCACAACAAUGGUUUGAUGCCCUCGGUGGCAGUCUCUACAUUUCUUGCAUGCUACUUGAAACCGGUAUCUUUGCUUCGCAAGCCAUCUGGCUCUGGCGUGUUCGCCAUGUACGCGCCGAAGCCAAGAAGGCUGGAAAAACGUAUGACGAAUACAUCGCCGAGAACCCAAGCAAGAAGCUAUUCGCGAGCGAAUCCUCCGAAACUUUUGUCGAUGUCGAGGCUGGUAUCGAGAAGCGAUCAGCGAGCACAUGCACCGAGAAGACGGUCACAAGUCAUCAUGAGCAUAUGCUAGCCACACCCAGCGACGCAACGGCAACUUCGCCGGAGACGUCGUCGGAGACACCACCGAAGUCGUCACCGGAGUCAUUACCGGAAACACUCCAACAGCCACCAGCUGCUGUCUUAAAACCCAGCGGGUCUGGUUCAUCAUAG